AUGGCGAGCGGCGGGGACGGCGGGGAUGAGGGAGGCGGGGAGCGAGGGUGUCCGGAGCCCGACGAGCCUUCGGCGCCGGGACCCGGCCCCGAGGGGGAGGAGGAGGCAGCGGCAGCAGCGGACUGCGGGGGCCGGCGCUGGGGAGCGCAGCACGCAGGAGCCCGCGAACUGGCCCAGCUCUAUUCUCCAGGCAAGCGGCUCCAGGAAUGGUGCUGUGUGAUCCUCUGCUUCUCCCUCAUCGCCUUCAAUCUGUGCCAUCUCCUGCGGUUUGCCAGCCUGGAGCACACACACCUGGUGCUGCUGGGAAUAUUUGCAGGGGCCCUCAUCGCAGACUUCCUGUCGGGGCUGGUGCAUUGGGGGGCUGAUACCUGGGGCUCCGUGGAAUUGCCUGUGGUGGGAAAGGCUUUUAUCCGGCCCUUCCGGGAGCACCACAUUGACCCCACAGCCAUCACCCGGCAUGACUUUGUCGAGACCAAUGGAGACAACUGCCUAGUGACGCUGCUGCCGCUGGUGAACAUGGCCUACAAGUUCAACACCCUAAGCCCUGAUGAACUUUAUCAGCUCUAUCCCUGGGAGUGUUUUGUCUUCUGCCUCAUCAUCUUUGGGACUUUCACCAACCAAAUUCAUAAAUGGUCUCACACCUAUGUUGGGCUUCCGAGAUGGGUCACUUUCCUCCAGGACUGGCACAUCAUCCUACCCAGAAAGCACCACCGAAUCCACCAUGUGUCCCCCCAUGAGACCUACUUCUGUAUCACCACAGGCUGGCUAAAUUACCCAUUGGAGAAGAUUGGAUUCUGGAGACGGUUAGAGGAUAUUAUCCAAGGACUAACGGGAGAAAAGCCCAGAGCAGAUGAUAUGAAAUGGGCCCAGAAGAUAAAGUAGUCCCCAACAGCUUUCCUAUGAGCUCUAACCUUGUUGCCAACCUUUCCAAACAGCCUCUCUCUCUCUCUCUUUUCCUCUUAUGCACACACACACACACAUACACACACACACACACACACACACACACACACACACACACACACCCCUCCCCAUCCGCGAAGUGCCAGACUUGAAGUGAAAUUACUUGGAGACGCGCUCAGUAGAUGGGCAGCACCGAUGGCUUUUCUCUCCUUUGAAACAAAGAUGCUAUAUGACAUGACAGAUUAACAUGGGGGAGGGCAGGGUGGGGCCCAUGCAUCCCUGGGGGUGUCCUUCAUCUCUGAGAGUACAGUAGCCCCUUUCUCACAGAAGCGCCCCGUGGAAACUCAAGGGAGCUUGUGGAGAAGGAAGGAACAACCUGCUCACGAGGGGUUGGUUGGCACUGUUUCUGCACUUCCUGGGAGAGCCUGGGGCCAAAUGGAGACAAGAGGAAGAGCAGGAGGUGGAGGGUUAUCAUGACUUUAACUCUGGUCCAUUAGGGUUUUUAGUUUGUUUUUUUUAAUGCAGCCCCCCAAGGCUGCUCUGCAUGAAAACAGCCUAUAGAGCCAAAAGAGCCCGCACAGACAGGUCUUCAUGCACUUAAUAGUCCGCUCACCGUAGUGUCUCUUUUGUGCCCUUGGGGCUGGGGGUUACCUGCAGGGCUGACUGACCUCACCAACUGGGCUUGGGAAGCAAGGGGAGAAGCUUCCCUGGGCCAAUCUGAUCUCCCCCUCUGCCAAGAGUGAGGGAGAUCCGGUGUGUAACCUAUGCUGGCACCCUGACUCUCGGCUCAGUUCAGGAACCCCGCCUCCCUACCCACCUCCCAGGAACAGACUUGAGGCGGACAUUUCCCUUUUCAUCGAAAGGCGAUAAUUCAGCUGGUGCUAGAGAUGUUUCUUUGCACUGCAGGAGCCAUGAGCUAAGGUGAUGACUGGAUGGGAGGGAAAUGAUAGCCCUUUUGGAAAAGGGUUGUCAAGAGAGGAGAGUGUUUUUUUUAAGGUGCUUGCUUGUUUAAUGUAAAUAAUAUAAAGCCUUAAUAUCUUUUCUGUAACAUGGAAUAAUAUUUUACGGUGAUGUUUUGAAUGUAUAUAAUAUAUUUAUAACAAAGCAGCCAAGAAUACUAAA